CUAGAGGAGGUGGUUAUAUGUCUUAGCUCAUCACUCAUUUUCUCCAACAAAUUGAGAUUUUUUUUUUGAAAGUAUGUAAUGGUUAUACAAUAAAGUGAUUUCUUCCAUUUUGAAACACAUCAAAAACCCUUUGUUGACUAUUUUCAGUUAAUAAUUGAGAUUCAUUUUUUUAUGACAGAAUUUUCUUGUGCAUAUAUUACUUUGUGUGAUUAAAUAAUUAAAAGAAUGAGGUGUGGGACCUUGUGAUAACUUCUGACUGGCAUCACAAAAACAUAAUAUUAAUAUGAAUUCUACUUUUUUCACUCCUGGGUCAUUCUUUAAUCUCAUUUUUUCCUUCAUUCGACAAGUGUGAAGCACUUGUUGAGUGACUGGUGUAUGUUAGCCACUAUUGAUGAUUGUGAUGGUGUUGGGGGCUACCCAUAUGAAAACAGACCUGAUGCCUGUACAUUUUAGUUGGAGAGAUGGACAUAUAUAUAUAAUUCGGAGAGGCAGAGUGCAAUAAAUGCUAACAGUGCAGUGGGAGUAUUGAGACCUGGGUGGGUUUGGAAGAUUUCGUGAGAGAGGGAGUAUUUGAGCUUUGACAAUUUUGUGAGUUAGAGAAGAGAAUGAGAGGAAUUUUGAGGGUUGGAGAAAGAAAGAUAAACAUUUAAAAUGUAAUUGAGCAAUAUAAGUAAAGGAACAGAGGCUUCAAAAAAUGAAUGCUGCACAUGAGUAAUUGUGAGGUUUCUCACAUGAAUGGUUGAAAUCACAUCCAUUCAUAUGAAAUCACAGCCAAAAGUAUUUGAGGAUGACCUUGUAUGUCAUCUAAGUAGAACAUACUGGGGAGCAGGAAACAGGAAGUAUCUGUAUAAUAUUAGAAGAAAGCAGAAUGGCACUAAGUCCAGAGAUGGAAUUAAUUUAGUACAAGUCGUUUUGAAAACCAUGAUGCCAUAUGGGAACCAGUUGACCCCUCUAAGUAGGAGUCCAGUACACAUGUGUGAAGAUUGACUGUGUGAAAUGUUAUCUCAUGAUAACUGUUUUCAUGAACUUAAAACUCUCUUUCUUAAACACUUACGUUUGCCAAAGUAAUUUGUUCUCAUUUUCUUCCUUCCUUUAGGUAACAUGAAAACUGACUGUGGUGUCUGAGGCCAUGCAUGGAAUGAACCACUCUGUAGUAUCAGAGUUUGUGUUCCUGGAACUCACCAAUUCAUGGGAGAUCCAGCUUCUCCUUUUUGUUUUUUCAUUUUUGUUCUACUUUGCAAGCAUGAUGGGAAACCUCAUCAUUGUGUUCACGGUAACAUUGGAUGCUAAUCUGCACUCCCCCAUGUAUUUUUUCCUAGCUAACCUCUCAGUCAUUGAUAUGGCAUUUUGCUCAAUCACAGCUCCAAAAAUGAUCAGUGAUAUUUUCAAGAGGCAUAAAGCCAUCUCUUUUGGGCCAUGCAUUACCCAGAUCUUCUUCAGCCAUGUUGUUGGGGGCACUGAGAUGCUGCUGCUCAUAGCUAUGGCCUUUGACAGAUACGUGGCCAUUUGUAAGCCUCUCCAUUAUCUGACCACCAUGAGCCCACAGAUGUGUCUAUUUUUUUUAGUCACUUCCUGGACCAUUGGCCUUAUCCACUCAGUGACUCAACUAGUUUUUGUGGUAGAUUUGCCUUUUUGUGGCCCUAAUGUACUGGACAGUUUUUACUGUGACCUACCCCGGUUCCUCAGACUUGCCUGCACAGACACCCAAGAGCUAGAGCUCAUGGUCACCAUCAAUAGUGGACUCACUUCUGUGGGCUCCUUUGUCUUAUUGGUUGUUUCCUACAUCUUUAUUCUGUUCAAUGUUUGGGAACAUUCUUCAGGUGGUUCAUCCAAGGCCCUUUCCACUCUGUCAGCUCAUAGUACUGUUGUGGUCUUAUUCUUCGGGCCACUGAUGUUUUUCUAUACCUGGCCUUCUGCCACUUCACACCUGGAUAAGUAUCUUGCUAUUUUUGAUGCAGUUCUCACUCCUUUUCUGAAUCCAGCUAUCUACACAUUGAGGAAUAAAGAGAUGAAAGUGGCAAUGAAGAGACUGUGUAGUGGUCUUGGGCAUUACAGAAAAAUAUCAUAAAUGGAUUGACUAAGAAGACAUGGAACCAUAGCUUCUUCUUCAUGCUAGUGGCAAGAAAGACUUUAUUUCAAUUUCAGGAAAUAUGCAAGACUUAGGCCAUGUUACAUGCCUAGACAUUUAUUACCUGUUAAAUUAUGAUAUUUAUUUCACCAUCCAAUUAGAAAUGAUGUUAUUUUUUGAAACCCAGUACAUUAGUCCAUGCCGUAGUAGAAUGCCGUGUAAUUGAGGAAAUAAUAAUAUUUCAUCUUUUUUCUUUAUUGGGCAGAUAUUCUGUUAGUAGGCAAACUAUGUAUUCACAUUAUUCUUAACUGUUUACUACCUAAUUAUCUUGAUUUUAAUUUUUUCUGUUCCCUAUCUGUUUGCCUUCCAUUGCCCCAGAAUCUACACAUUUUGUUUCUUUAUCUGAAUCCUCUAUCUGGGAGUCUGGGAAAUAAUCAAUUUUAUAAUUUAAAGCUGGGAUGGAUUACCAAUACCAUUUGUCUUAAUCCCCUCAAGGUACACAUGCUGAAAUCCAGGAAUUGAAAGGUGACCGCAAUUUGCUUAAGGGCGUGGAGCCAGGUCUCUGGUUGCCAGGCCAAGUGCUCUUUCCCCUAAAAUCAAAUUUUGUGUUCUGAAUUGCUGUUUAUUUUCCACUGUUACAGCUAUUUCUUGUAGGCCUAGUUUUGACCUAUUUUGAAAA